GGUGUGGUUUGCGUUUAGUCGGAAAGACCGGCAUCGGAAUGGGGAUGCAGGAGUAUGACGCGGCGCGCGAUUGAGGGACAAGGGAGGAAGGGGGUUGCGGGAGGGUGGACUGUGUGCCUGAUGAAACAAACGUGGGUGCCACCUUGGUUAUCAAGUGUCUUCUUUAAAUGUUCAUUGACAAUCAUAUUCUGAGGAACUCAAAUACCCCAAUGGCCUUCCCUUUAUUUUUAAACAGUAAUACAAAGUUAUUUGUUCCACAGGGCAAUGUAGAUGGACAUAAAUUGUGGUCAUGCAAGUGUUCUCUAAUUUGCCAAAUUGUAGAGUAGGGAAUAAGUAAUUUAAUUUAAAUUAAUUGUUGCAGCAGUUAGUGUUGCUGCUUCACAAUUUCAACACUCUGGUUUUGAUUCUUAUCUCGUGUUGUCUUUGUGGAAUUGUUCUCUAAUUGAUUGCAGUGGCUUCUUCCCACAUCCUGUAGAUUGCUGUGGCUUCUUCCCACAUUGGCUCUUGCAAGUUGCCCCAUGUUGGGGAAUUGGAAAACCAGGGUUAAGUUGAUGGGCAUGAGAGUUAACAAGUUACCAGAAAAUAUGAUUAAAGAAAAGCCAUUAGCCUAUGCAUCUGUCCUUAAUUGUCGGGAAAGUAAUGGGUAUUUCAAAGUUUGCAGGGCAAAUGCAAACAAAAUGGCAAGUGAAAAUCACAGCAGCCUGCAAGCAGGGGAUCCCACGACAAUGAUCCGUCCAGCGAGUACUUCUGAACAAGGACAACCCUCAUCACCAAAGUCUGUAAAACCUUUGGUGCAGGAUUUGCCAGAUGAGCUGGUGCAGGCAGGAUGGUCGAAGUGUUGGAGUAGGAGAGAAAAUAGGCCAUAUUACUUCAACAAGUUCACCAACCAGUCGCUCUGGGAGAUGCCUGUAUUUGGACAGCAUGACAUCAUUUCUGAUCCUCUUGGUUUAAAUGCAACUGUGGAAUCAGGUGACGGAGAUUCAGUAGCUGACAAUGCACAACGGAAGAGACGACAUUCUGAAGAAACCCAGCAGCAAUCAACAAAUAGCUUCAAAAGACCCAGAACAGAUGCCUCCUUAACUGCGACAACUCCGACAAUUCCUAUUUCUCCCAUUGCUUCUGGUGCUCCAAGCACACCUAUAUCCCGAACAAGUGGAUCCAAAUCAUCUGAUGAGAAACCCCAACCUGCGCCUUCAUCAUUGGUGCCACUGGCACCAGCGCCGGCACCAGCGCCGGCACCGGCACCAGCGCCGGCAGCGGCACCAGCGCCGGCAGCGGCACCAGCACCGGCAGCGGCACCAGCACUGGCAGCAGCAGCUACAUCGGCAGCAGCAGCUACACCGGCAGCAGCAGCUACAUCGGCAGCGACAUCAACAGCGACAUCAGCAGCGGCAUUGUCAUCGUCCUCGUCCUCAUCCUCAUCCUCGUCAUCAGCUGUUCAUACACCUGCAUCUGUCCGUCCAACAGCUGUUUACUGGGACCUUGAUAUUCCAACCAAUGCAGUAAUUAAGGAGCGUGCUCCAUUUGAGCUACUUCCGCCACACCCAGAUGUAGAAAUGCUACGAGCACAAUUGACAGUAAAACUGAGACAUCACUAUCAAGAGCUGUGUCAACAGAGAGAAGGGAUUGAACCGCCUCGUGACUCAUUUAAUCGCUGGCUUUUGGAGCGCAAGGCGAUCGACAAGGGCAUGGAUCCUUUGUUGCCCAGUGAUUGUGAUCCUAUUGUAUCUCCUUCCAUGUUUCGAGAAGUAAUGAAUGAUAUUCCUAUCAGAUUGUCUCGUAUUAAGUACAGGGAAGAAGCCCGAAGAUUACUUUUCAAAUAUGCAGAAUCAGCAAAGCGGAUGAUUGAAUCUAGAAAUGCUACACCAGAUAUCAGGAAAACUGUAAAAUGGAACGUUGAAGAUACCUUCAAUUGGCUACGAAAGGAGCCAUCUGCGACAAAAGAAGACUAUAUGGAGCGGCUUGAUCAUUUGCGGAAGCAAUGUGGACCUCAUGUAGCAGCAGUGGCUAAAGAUUCAGUAGAAGCAAUCUGUGGGAAGAUCUAUUGCAUAUCUGGUGAAUAUGUGAAGCGUGUCCGAGAGAAGCAUUUAGCAGUACUGUGCGACUGCAAUAUGUCAGAAGAGUUGGAGAGGCCCGAGGUAACGGACAGAUUGGUGUAUUGUUAUCCGUCAAGGCUUGCAUACUCUACGAUUCCACUCCCACGCGUUGAAAUGCACUUUGAGAGUGAUAUUGCCUGUGUACGAUAUAAAGGAGAAGUUAGGAAAAUCAGCCGGAAUUACUUAAAUAAAUUGGAACAGUUGUAUAGGUACAGUUGUAUUGAUGAUCCACGGUUUGAAAAGUUUGUGGCAAGAGUCUGGUGUUUACUCAGGCGAUACCAGUCCAUGUUUGGUCCUGGAACACAUGAAGGCACUGGGCUGCAAGGGGCAUUACCAGUAUCUGUAUUUGAAACAUUGAACAAGCAGUUUGGUGUGACGUUCGAGUGCUUUGCAUCACCAUUGAACUGUUACUUCAGACAGUAUUGCUCUGCGUUCCCUGACACCGAUGGCUACUUUGGUUCCAGGGGCUCAUUCUUGACUUUCUCACCAGUCAGCGGCUCCUUUGAAGCAAAUCCUCCGUUUGGUGAAGAGCUGAUGGACAGUAUGGUCGCACAUAUGGAGAACCUUCUGGGCAAUUCAAACGAGCCACUCUCCUUCAUUGUGUUUGUCCCAGAAUGGAGAAACCCUCCAACACCGGCUUUGGUCCGAAUGGAGGAGAGCAAGUUUAAGCGGCACCAGGUUCUCAUCCCAGCCUAUGAGCAUGAGUACAGGAGCGGAGCACAGCACAUCUGCAAAAAGGAAGACAUCUAUUAUAAAGCUGUGCACUCAACAGCUCUCAUCUUCCUGCAGAAUGAUGCUGGAUAUGCAAAAUGGGAGCCUGCGCAGGAGCGGGUGCAGGAAUUAAUGGCAGCUUAUAAAAUAGCAGGAAAGUCAUCAUCUUCUUCGUCCUCUGUGGCACCUGGUGAUAAAGAUCAGGAACAGAAUCGGGACCAAAGCAGCAACACCGAGCACCUUUGAACUGUAAUUGAUAAAGGAACCACAACACAGCUAAUACUCUGUGUGGUUUUAAACAGACUAAUUUGAAACAAGCUGCAUAACCAUUGUCAUCACCAGCAAGAAAUGUACAUAUGUACAGUGUCUUUCUAAACAGAACCACAGUUCUGGAUUCUUAAUGUUUUUGUUUGUUGCUUUUAUUUUUACCAAGGUAUGUAGCAGAGAGAAGCAGAAUGCGUCUGUGUAAUAUAUUCUAUGAAAAUAUUUCAUAACAGAAUACAGUGUCUGUUUUAUCAGCUUUUUUUAAAAUUUUUUU